ACCGUAAAAUUUAAUGCCACACCGGUUGUUUAUACAAUGAGAUAAAACGGAAGAAAGAACUUCGGGGAACUUCGGGUGUGGCUCUCUCGUCUGUGAAAUGUAGGCUUCCCCUACUGAAGAGAAUAUUUGUUGGUGGUGUUUGAUUGGUUGGAAUUGGAAUGUGACAAUAAAUACUUGUGAUUGUGCCACGUUUACUGUCAUCCAAUAUUUGAUCCUGUGAGAGACUGCGAAAACAUCACAAACAUGGUUUUACUAGGUCUGGGAAAUUUUUUUACAUUUUUUGGACUAAUAACUGUUAUCAACUGCAGUGGUGGAACAACAGAUGGGAAGAAAGGUCCAAGAGUAACACAUAAGGUGUAUUUUGACAUAAAGAUCGGCGAUGAAGACGCGGGGAGGAUCGAGAUCGGGUUGUUUGGGAAGACAGUCCCGAAGACGACGGAGAACUUCUUCCAGCUGGCCCAGAAGCCGGACGGGGAAGGCUUCAAGGGCAGCAAGUUCCACCGCGUCAUCAAGGACUUCAUGAUCCAGGGGGGCGACUUCACGAAGGGGGAUGGCACCGGAGGUCGCAGCAUCUACGGGGAGCGCUUCGAGGACGAGAACUUCAAGCUGAAGCACUACGGAGCGGGGUGGCUGUCCAUGGCGAACGCGGGCAAGGACACCAAUGGCUCGCAGUUCUUCAUAACCACGAAGCAGACCCCGUGGCUGGACGGGAGGCACGUUGUGUUUGGCAAAAUCAUCAAAGGAAUGGAUGUUGUGCGGAAGAUAGAGGCCAGCAAGACAGACGGUCGUGACCGGCCCGCGAAGGAUGUCGUGAUAGCCGACUCUGGCGCGGAGGAACUUGCAGAGCCCUUCUCCGUGUCCAAGGAUGAUGCCACGGAAUAAGCAGCGAGAGAUGCUGGGUUCCGAGAAGUGGGAAGAGUAUUCAUGUGCUCGUCAACCCGAAUGGAUGCUCUCGUUUUCAUUGUACAACUCGUAAUUUUGUAACGUCCAUAGCUGUUCUGUGUGGUCUCUCAUCAGGCUACAGAUUUUUUUUUAAUUUAGAAAACUGCAAUAAGGUUGAAUUAAUACCGUGAAAAUGCCAGGGAAACAAACAUUUCUUUGCUACAUGUACGCACAACAUAGGUUUGAACGAUCCCUGGCUGUUUUGAUCUUUCGGCCGAUUCAUAUCAAUCUUCUGGAAGCAGCAUGGUGUAGAGUGAUCCCAGGUGACUUAGAUCAUGCCCUCGUAUAAUCAUACUUCUGAAGUAGGAGUUGUGAGGGAAAAUCAUCACCAUAUUGGUUUAAAAAGAACCAAGAGCACUUAACCUAAUAUUUAGGGUGCUAGCUAAAAAAAAUAAUACAGUUCAAGCAUUAUUUACAGUUAAAACUUACAAUAGACAGGUAUGUAAUUAAAGUGAGGGAAAAAACAAGUUAUGUCUGUCUUAUUUGGUUUUCGUUCGUAAAUAAGUGUCUAAGCUGUUCGUUCAGCAUUAAGGGUGUUAUAAACACUUUCUUGACCUGGGUCAUUGCGCUCGUUGCUCUCCAUUUAUGAACUUAAAAAUACUGCUGAACUGGAAUGUUUCUGAAGAUUUCGCGAUAUUAAUACAUACCAAUAUAAAAUUUCUAUCUCCAUGCAGGUGGUGUUUUAAAAUGGCUUUAAUUGCAAAUGAUAAUUGUGCAUUUUUUUUAUUUGCUUCAAGAUUAGUCUUCUGCUGGGGGCAAAGUGAGAUCACAGAGGUUGUAAGUACUUGUGGACAAAAGUUACAAGGGUUUUUUUUCAUCACAGUUGUCUUAAGAAAAUGUUUGAAAAGCAAGUAAAGUGAUUUUUUAUUAUGUGAUUGUGGGGAAACCUUUUCACAGACGAGAGAGCCAAACACCCGAUUAGGCAUCUUCCGUGGGGGAAGGGGGGGGGGGGGGGAAGGGUGUUUGGUUCAUUGUAAAUGUGUUGAUAAAAGGAUACUAAUGGUCAAUUAGGUUGGGUUAGCUACAUUAUAAAUACUUUAAAAAAUUGUGGACAGUUGAUUUGGUUAGGAUAGCUACAUUAAAGAUAUGGAAAAAAAAAAGUGAGUAUGAACUUCGGGGAACUUCGAAUGUGGCUCUCUCGUCUGGGAAAUGAAGGCUUCCCGUGAUUGUGCUUUAGACAUAUAACAUUACCUUGGGGUUCAUCAUGCAAUGUGAAGGGUUUAUCAGCCGCUGUUAACAUUCAAUAUUUUUUCUUCCAAAUAAGGGAUAUGGUACCUAAGCUGGUGAAAAAUUGUUAAAAUAAAAUUUUCUUAACUCAAA